AUGACGAAAACAGGAUGCAAUUACUUUACAUUGAAAGUUACUCAAUUUGGUAAGGGAAAUGGCCAAAUUAUAUUGGGAAUCACUAACAAACAAGCUGCAAAGCAACAAAGAUAUCUUAAUGACAAGAAGAAUGUUUGUGGUCGGCAGUUUAUGAUCAGAAAUAUCAAAAAGAAUGAAGCUGGACAUGAUUUGGAAAAUAUAUUAUACGAGAAAGAUGAAAUUGGUGUAUUAGUCGAGUACCAACAUAAAGAUAGCGUUGUUGUGAACUUUAUAAAGUCUAGUCAAAUUAUACUGAGACAUGUUGUACGUGCCGAGACUGAUAAACUGUACGCAACAAUGACAUUGUCAGGAACAUUUCAACUAGUUAUACAUUGGCCUGGUACCAUAGACCACAUUCCAAACUUUAAACUGCACCAAUAUAUCAUGGCUUCCUGGAUUCGAAACAAUGGAAUCGGAGUUGGGGACACCGCCUGCAAGCUAAACCUGCACACGGUUGAUCAGAAUGACAUCUAUAGUCUUUACCAGCAUGCGCAAGCACCAUGUCCACUGAGUGAAGAGGUGCCAUACUUCGAAUUCUUUCCUGGGGGAUACUCGGGAAAGCAUUCGUUGACUUUUGGUUUAGCGAAUGGGAAUGAUGUUCUUGGAAACAGAUCAGUAGUUGGGUCAUUCCCAGAAAGCAUCGGUUAUCAGAUUACAACUGGUUAUGUGCAAUGUCAGGAUGAAAUAACAUGUAGAAUACAUGUAUGCAAACCAAGGAAGGGCGAUAGAUAUGGCUGUGGCUUGGUGUUUCCAAGGGGUAAUAAUGAUCCUGACACGGAACAGCACGUCGUAGUGUAUUUCACGGACAACAGGAAUGUUUUUUUCAAUCGAAAGAUUGUUCUUCCAUUAGGAGGGUUCUAUCCUACAAUUUCUUUCGGAAAGAAAGGGGAAACGAUAGAAACUGUUCCUCAUGCACCUCCACCUAUACUCUCACCGACAAAAACAAAGGAAUGGCUUGCUGAACCAUACAGGGAACCUUUACAGUUAACUCAGGACAUUGAUCGCACCCACCAAACCAAGAAACCAAACAAAAUCACACCAGUAUCACAGGACGUCGAAACGGUCAAUUAUAUGCACGACACUGGUGCAAGGCGAACUAAUGACGUUAAUGAACGUCGAACUCGAUCUGCAGAAGUUAAAACUGACCCAAUGGUUGCAUUACAUAAUAAUACUCCUCCACCUGCUUCUUAUAGUGUAUCAGAUUUAAAGUCAGAGACUAGCGACACUCAGAAAACUUCUAUGUGUGAUAUUUUGUAAUUUUAUUAGACUCCAGAUGUCAAAAAACUAGUUUUUAUUGAUUUGUGUCUUGAUUGUGAUCCCAAAAUACAAUAUAAAAGGUUGCGUUUUAUCACUUAGAUGGAUUAUAAACAGGCUUUUAAAACACAAGGUCAGGAGAGACUCUCCGGUUACCAUUUGUCAGCGAGAUGCUCUUAAUGACAACCGAUUUUCAAGGUUUAUAAAGAUUGUAUGAAAUUAAUAGACUGGG